AUGAGAACAUUCAUUAAGACACAAUUGUCACAAUUAGAUCAGAUCUUACAAUUAGAAAAAGAACAUGAAGAUUCAAGAAUUAGAAUGAGAUUAAGACAAUUAAAACAACAACUAGAAAUCACAAAUAGAAAAAUAUUAGAAGCUGAAACAGCAGAAGACAAAAAAGCUUAUCUAUAUAAAACAAUAUCCGCAUUAACAGAGACAAAGGAUGCUAUGCUUUGGAAAAAAAAGGACCUGGUAAAAGACUUAGAAGAAGAAUAUGGAUAUGCAACUAAUCAAGCAUUAACCUUAGAUAGAAAAAACUUUGAAGCGAUAGAGAAAUAUGAACAACGAAUCCUAAUAGAAAGACUUGCUAAACAAAUGGAACCAUGUGAAAAUGAACCACUAUGA